AUGAUCAUAGAAAGAAAUCCAAUUGGAGCACUGCAGGAAUUUUGUGUGGCUCGCAAGUGGCCCCAUCCCUACUAUGAGACAGUUGCUGAAGAAGGCCCCCCACAUGACAGGACCUUCAAGUUGCGGGUCACUGUUGGAGAAUACCAAGAGAUUGGUGAUGGCAAGAAGAAGAAAAUUGCCAAGUCAUUAGCUGCUUCCAAGAUGAUGAAGGUCCUCCUUACUAUCAAUAAAUUACCCAAGGGGAAGGUGAGCUUCCAAGAAAGAGUAGCUACUGCUACCUUGAUCUGGAUGCUUAUAUGCUUCGUUUCUGGAUGGAUACAGAAGAAGUUCUUCAAGUUCUUCCUCAUCACUGCCUUCAUUGCCAGCCUUAUCUUCAACUGGAAGGUUCUUUAUGAGAAGAAACUGAAUGAGAGACAUCUCAUCCUGGCUCCUGGGAUCCCUCCAGAGUGUCAAGAAGAUCCCUCCUUCUUCACAUCCUUGAUCCAAAGCUUCAAAGCAAACGUUUUUGGAGAUUAUGGCAGAAACAAGGUAUGUGAAGAAUACAAGAAAGCCAUAUACUCUGAGCCUGUGUGGGAAGUGACCCCAGCCAUUGUAUUUGCUGAAACUGUCACACAGACAGUUUUGUAUCCCUUGGAGCAAUUUGGCACCAAGCUUGCAAGGUUCCUUGGAGCCAUCAUCAGUGAGGUUGGAUGGAUGGGAUCCUGGGUGGUGCUAGGAAUUUCCUUCAUCCUGGUGAUAGUCACUGUAUUGGUGAUGAUAGUCACCAUAUUGGCUUCAUAUGGCUACUCUGUUCAAGUGUGGCCAUUCAUCUUUCUCUCCCCACCCCACCCUUACCAAAACCAACUUCCAGAUGUUGAUUAUUGCCCACCAGCUCCACAAAUGCCAGACCAAGUGGAUCGAGCAAGGUCGACGAUCGAGUGUCUGCGUGCUCAGGGGAUUGACACCCAUGGGGAUUGA